AUGAAGCUAAAACUUCGGACGCAGAGCACGGAAACGUUGAAAACAUGCUUUUCCCAAAUUAGCAAUCUACGAAAGUUUGUGAUUCUCCAGUUCAGUCCAGAGCAACUCCUCGCCAUCCUGAUAAACGGCACGUCAAUUACUCAAGAGCCACAGGUAUGGUGCAAGUUCCGCAUGCUGGCGAUCUUUAGUGAGAUUGAAAUACAAAGUUUGAGAGAUAAUGUUAUAUCACUUGAAAUCAACAUAGAGCUCUUUUUGCAAACACUUCGAAAUUUUGAUAAAGCAAACAGUCACGAUCUUAGCAUUCGUCUCCAGAAGAAGGAUUCGGGCAGUACAACAUCGGGAGGUACUGGAAGCAGAACAGCAUCCUUGGCAUUGUACUACUCCGAUAUAUCUGUCAAUGCCAAUACUAUCAAUCACACAUUUAGAAUUCCUGUCAAGAUCCUAAAAGGAUCUAGUGAUUUACCCAAAGAACCCGAAUUACCGCGUGUGGAUCUUAUGAUGAGACUCACGAAUGACUUUUCAGCAACUUACAGACGCCUAGAGAAGUUCAAGAGGGCAAUAGCGGGCGACUUGCUCACAAUAAGGGCCAGUCGAAGAAAUGGUGGAUUCUUAGGGUUUAUCCUCCAAGAAGAAGGGAAGUUUAGAGUAACCAUAUCUUGGAAUGACAAGCUUAACGUACAAAAACCACGUGGCGAGUUGGACAAUGAUAGUUUGAGGGCGUCUCUACUACAAAGGGAUGAGAAUGAUGUUGACGAAAAUGACGUCGAAGAAGACAAAGAAAUCACUCUCAAGCUCAAAGACUGGCAGCUGGCAGCAAAGAUAGUCAGCACCUGUAAAACUAUCAUCUUUUUAAUUUGCCACAAGGAAGCCUGCGCGAUACAUUGCUUACUAGAUGACACCGAUGAUGUGGAGGUGAUUUAUUACAUGAGUGGAGUCAGAAUUCGCGAUUUCUUAGAAGACUGA